CUGCAGCUGUUUGCUUAGAAAUGAUUGUCGUGUAAGGCAUUGACGAUGGCGAACAGGAAAUGUCAAAGCGCUGCAGCGGGCAUGCUGGAUCACCGCGCAAGAGUGUGUCCUGCUUCCUCUCUUGGCAGGGAGAUGGAAAAAGAGGAAGAUGAUCUGCCGAAGGAUGACUACGAGGAGAAGGAGACGGAUGUGAUGCCCAUCAGACCGGGUAGCCCUACCCCGCCGGAGCACGAGCGCAACGAUAACAGCGGCGAUGGAGACUCGAGUUCUGAUUAUGUCAACAACACCUCGGAAGAGGAAGAGGAGGAGGAUUAUGAUGAAGGUCUCCCCGAGGAAGAAGAGGGUGUUACCUACUACAUCCGGUAUUGCCCGGAGGAUGACAGUUAUCUGGAAGGGAUGGAGUGCAAUGGGGAGGACUAUGUGCCCCAUGAACAGCUUCAGGUGGAGACGGAUGAGUGCCAAGAAGCCAUUGAGGAAGGGGAAUGGGCGGAAACAAAAAAUCAGCACCAAGGAGAGCGGGAAGCGACGGAAGCAGCAGGCUACCAUGAUGGUUGUGUCCAGAUCUUAGAAGGCGAGGUGGCCUGCUUGGAAAUCCAAGACCAAGAGGAGCACAUCCAGUAUUGCCAUCAAAACGAGGAAGGCUACCAGGGCUACUACUCCCCAGAAACCAACGGCAACUCACAUGGGAUGUCCCCUUACCACUCUGGGAAAGAAGAGGCGGAGUUAGAAGAGCAGGAAGAAGACAUUGACCAGAUCGUAGCAGAGAUUAAAAUGAGCAUGAGCAUGAGUAGUAUCAACAGCGCCUCCGAAAUGAGCCCAGAGCAUGCCGGGACUGAAAACAUGCCCAAUGACUAUGUAGAGGCGUGCCAUAAGGGAGACUCUGGGCAUGGUGCCAGCAGGCAUCUGGGGAGGCCGAAGUCGCUCAACAUCCCCCCUGCAUCCAAGCAAGUUGGGGACGCCCCCAGAGGCUUCAAGACCAAGUCGAGGACUCCAGAGGAAAGGCAGACGUGGCCACAGGAACAGGUGUGCAAUGGGUUGGAACAGCCCCGGAAGCAGCAGCGUUCGGAUCUUAAUGGACCAAUUGACAACAACAACAUCCCAGAGACUAAGAAGGUGUCUUCCUUCCCCAGUUUUGUUGAUGUUCCAGGGCCCUGUGAACCUGAAGACCUCAUUGAUGGCAUCAUCUUCGCCGCCAAUUACCUGGGCUCCACGCAGCUGCUUUCGGAGCGCAACCCCUCCAAAAACAUCCGGAUGAUGCAAGCCCAGGAGGCGGUCAGCCGCGUCAAGAGGAUGCAAAAGGCAGCUAAAAUCAAGAAAAAAGCGAGCUCGGAGGGAGAUGCCCAAGCUUUGACGGAAGUGGAUCUUUUCAUCUCCACCCAGAGGAUCAAAGUCCUGAAUGCAGAUACGCAGGAGACCAUGAUGGACCAUGCGCUGCGCACUAUCUCCUACAUCGCUGAUAUUGGCAAUAUUGUUGUUUUGAUGGCAAGGCGUCGUAUGCCCCGGUCGGCUUCCCAGGACUGCAUCGAGACCACUCCUGGGGCACAAGAAGGAAAAAAGCAAUACAAGAUGAUUUGUCACGUCUUUGAGUCCGAGGACGCUCAGCUGAUUGCCCAGUCGAUCGGCCAAGCCUUCAGCGUGGCCUACCAGGAAUUCCUCCGAGCCAACGGCAUAAACCCAGAGGAUCUCAGCCAGAAGGAAUACAGCGACAUCAUCAACACCCAGGAGAUGUAUAAUGACGAUCUUAUCCAUUUCUCCAACUCGGAGAACUGCAAGGAGCUGCAGUUAGCCAAACACAAGGGAGAGAUUCUCGGAGUGGUGAUCGUAGAAUCCGGCUGGGGAUCCAUUUUGCCCACCGUGAUCCUGGCCAACAUGAUGAACGGGGGGCCAGCCGCUCGCUCGGGGAAGCUGAGCAUCGGGGACCAGAUCAUGUCGAUCAAUGGCACCAGUUUGGUCGGGCUUCCCCUGGCGACGUGCCAAGGGAUCAUCAAGGGUCUUAAGAAUCAGACGCAAGUGAAGUUGAACAUCGUCAGCUGCCCACCGGUUACUACCGUCCUUAUCAAGCGACCUGAUUUGAAAUAUCAGUUGGGCUUCAGCGUCCAAAAUGGAAUUAUCUGCAGCUUGAUGAGGGGGGGCAUAGCCGAGAGAGGGGGGGUCAGGGUGGGCCAUCGCAUCAUCGAGAUCAACGGUCAAAGCGUCGUCGCGACGGCUCAUGAGAAGAUCGUGCAGGCGUUGUCCAACUCGGUGGGAGAGAUCCAUAUGAAGACCAUGCCGGCUGCCAUGUUCAGGCUGCUCACCGGGCAGGAGACCCCGCUGUACAUCUAACGCAAGGCUGCCUCCCGCCCCCCAAAAGACUGACCGAUUCCACCCAUGCAACAACCUUCAAGAGGAAUUUUAUAUUUCAUAGGAACAGAAAAAAGGUUUGAAAACUCAAGUUUGGGACAGUCUGGAAACUCAAAAAGGAUCCAGCUUCUUUGCCUUUCUUUCCCCCCUCCCUUAAUUUUUCUCUUUUUUAAGGAUUUUGUUGCCAAAAGAGGAAGCUGUUAUUUUGGACUGUAACCACUGACACCAUCUUUCUAAUGGACUGAAGUAUUUUAUAACAUCAUCCCUCUCUCUCUCUCUCUCUCAUGUGGAUGUUGACCAGCAUAAGGCGAGAGUCCACCCUGCCAGGUUGUUGUUUUUGGUCCCCCUUGGUGGCAGGGAGGCCCACACGGUUCGGCUU